CACUGUGGCGCAAGGAGGAGAGCUGACGCGCUCCCUGAAUCGGAGGAGCGACACUUGAAGUGCGCUUUUCUCUCCAGAAAUUAAGCCAGUGCCGCUCAACUUUGGGUCUGAGAGAAUUGUUCUCGUUUGAAGAUGUUCAGCCAAGAUGCUUUAUACUUAGAUCGGUCCUGCCUUCACGAGCCUGCUUCCUCAUAGACUUAACUUUUUUUUUUAUUUUCCGUGCUGACCAAGACCUCUAACCCGAACUGCAGCUGGUGAGAAUAUGUGCGAGAAGCGAUCGGCGAGGAGCUUGGACUGUCUCUGGUCCCACAAGAAGAAGCAGCGUGGAUUAAACACGAAUUAAUGUGGAAUUUAUCGGAGCCCAAAGGUGGAACGACGACCAGACACAGCGCUUCCUCGUCAGGGACUGACUGAUCAUGGUCGCCGUGGUCCGCUCUCUCAUGGUACUGCUGAUCGCUCAGGUGUUGCUGGAAGGUGCUACGGGACUUAUCCCCGAGGUGGGCCGGAGGAAAUACAGCGAAUCCGGGAAGCAGAGCCCGGAGCAGUCGGAGAGCUUCCUCAACGAGUUUGAGCUUCGCCUUCUCAAUAUGUUUGGACUGAGGCGCAGACCGACGCCGAGCAAGCAAGCCGUGGUGCCGCAGUACAUGGUGGACCUUUACCGCAUGCACUCAGCAAACGGAGACCACAGCACUAAACGACCCAAGAGCAUGGGGAAACACGCAGAAAGAGCCGCCAGCAAGGCCAACACGAUUAGAAGCUUUCACCAUGAAGAGUCUAUGGAGGCCUUGGCCAGUCUGAAAGGCAAAACAACCCAGCAGUUCUACUUCAACCUUACUUCGAUCCCUGAUGAGGAGCUAAUCACCUCUGCAGAGCUACGUAUCUACAGGGAUCAGGUCAUGGGAGCUGCAACCCCUACCAGCAGCUCCAGAAACAGCAGCACUAGUGAUAGUGGUCAUGUUGGCGGCUUCCACCGAAUCAACAUUUAUGAGCUGUUCGGAGUUCCUGCCAGUCAUGGUAGGGAACCUCUAGCACGCCUGCUCGACACUCGGCUAGUUCAUGACUCUUUAAGCCGCUGGGAGAGCUUUGAUGUCAGCCCUGCUGUAUCUCAGUGGACCUCUGGCAAAGGCCACAACCAUGGUUUCAUGGUUGAGCUACUGCACCCAGACGAAGGGGAGGGGAAUGAGGAACAUACCCAGAGGCGAAGUAGACAUGUCAGGGUGAGCCGGUCCCUGCACCAGGACCAGGACUCUUGGCCUCAGGCUCGGCCCUUGCUGGUGACGUACAGCCAUGACGGCCGUGGGGACUCGGUACUCCACACACGAGAAAAACGUCAAGCAGCACUCCGCAAACAGCGUAGAAAGCACCAGCACAAGGCAAGCUGCAAAAGGCAUGCCUUGUAUGUGGACUUCAGUGAUGUAGGGUGGAAUGAGUGGAUUGUUGCUCCCCCUGGUUACCAUGCCUUUUAUUGCCACGGUGAAUGUCCGUUCCCCCUCACAGACCACCUAAAUUCUACCAAUCAUGCCAUUGUGCAAACGCUGGUCAACUCAGUCAACUCAAACAUCCCCAAAGCCUGUUGCGUGCCCACUGACCUCAGCCCCAUCUCCCUGCUCUACCUGGAUGAAUACGAGAAGGUUAUCCUGAAAAACUACCAGGACAUGGUGGUGGAGGGAUGUGGCUGCCGGUGAGCAACAGUGGUACUGAUAGAAAGACAGUGGGAAAGAAAGACUGAAAGGUUGUCAUGUACACCUGGUUUCCCAAUGAAGACUUUUAUUUAUAUAAAAGAUAGACAAACAGAGCUAUUGUGGAAGAAGAAAAAACUAUAUAUGAAUAUAUUUAUGUCUACAUAAAGUUGGG